AGAGGUCUUUCAUACAUAAAAUAACUUUAGAGGAGCGCUCUGUGAGUUGCACAACACAGUAAAAAGAACAGACACGCUUUGUGUGGCUCAACUCAUAUAGCUGUUUAUAUUGAACGCCUCACUGACGGACAAGACGUGCUUUGUGGCGCUACGUAAUCGAACUCCUCUCAUACUACAUAGACACCAACUCAACGUCUUUUAUGGUCACACGUAUUGUAUGAAAGGACGCACUGGAUCAUGAGCCGUUACAAUGGCGAAGUGCACUUUCGCGGCAUGACGGAGAGCGAUUGGAGGCGUCUGCACACGCGCGUCAUCCCAAACCCGGUGCCGUUGGAGGAGUUUAAGGUCAUUGUGCUGACCGGCAAGCUGCAAGACCGCUAUCUCGCAAAGGACCUUCACAAGAUGAUGCAGGAGCUGCGCGAUCUGCUGCGUGAGCACGGCGAGCUACGGGAGGCGGCCAUUUUCCCAUUAAGUGGCAAGAAGCAGGAGCUCGCACAGGCGGCCGCAGCGGCGGUGCGGGUGAUUGACGCACACCGCGAGUGCAUUCCAGCCUUGCGCCGAUCCCCGGGAAGCACAGCGACGCCGCUACCACUGUCUGCCGACACGUCCGAUGCGCGAGAUGGCUCAACCUCGCCGACCCUCGACAGCGCGAGUGACCAGCAGCGACGGUCUACCUCUGGCCGAGGUAGUGCAGAGCAACAAACCGCGACGGGGCUGCUACUUGCUUCAUCCGCAUCUGGCAGACCCCCCACCAGCCCUAGACGCUCGUUUCGCAUUCUGUCCUUGUCAGAUCACGUUUCCACCGCUAAGCAGCCGCUUGCAUCGUCCGCGGCGUUGCUGAACGGGGCGUCACCGACAGGCGCGGCGGCUGCGCAGAUUUCUUCCUCUGCGACGUCGCCUCCUGCACGACGACGAGAGCCGGCGGUGGCGCGCGGUGGCAGCGCAGAUCGCAGCGCCGGACAGGAUGAGAAGCCGGCGAAGGAAGCGCCGUCCCGCCUGACCACGUCGUGGACGACCAACGAGCGUCUUUCGUCAACGAUUGCCCAACACGCGGCGGCAGCCGCCCCAGCCGCAGCCUCCCUGCCGCACCAGCAGGCGACAGACCCCGCAACUCCCUUCUCCACCGUCGGCCCGACCCUGCCGCUGUCCACGGCGGCCACGAACGAGCUGGCGCUGCUGAACGAGGCGGCCCCGCCGUUCUUCUGCGUGUUGAACGUGGCGCGCCGCUUCCAACUCCGCUUUGGCUCCUCCCCGCUCAAGUUCGAGAUCCCGGUGCAGUACACCGAGGCCGUACACAACCGACGGCUGCGGGUGUACGUUAUUCCGCUGCACCACCCCAACAUCCCGGCGCGCUGGCCGACUGCGAAAGAGUUCGUCGUAUACGUCAACGAGCAGUGCGUCAUGACACCGUGGAAGCGGUCGUGGCCGGAGCGCAAGCAGGAGGUCGCCAAAACGUUUCUCCCGCUCGACAUCACCUACCUGCUGAGCCGCAACAUAACGAGUCAGCGCAUGCAGACGGACGUGUUCAACAAGGAGUACCUCUCCCCCGCAAUUGUCGCGGUUGUGCAGCCGCGGUCGCUGGAGGAGGUGACGGAGUCGAUGUUGCUGUCCCGGCUGGGGUGUCGCAACGUGGCGCAGGUGAAGCAAGCAUUCGAGGAUUCGGCGAGCAGAAACGGACGCCGGCAGACUCCCACCUGUCCCCCGAGUUUGCUUGUGUCAAACAACGCCGCGGUCUUGCAGUCCUACGCGCGUAUUCUGGACGACGACGAGGAGGAGGACGGGCUGGAGGUGGACGAUCCGGUUAUCACGACCAAGUGCCCCAUCUCGCAGCUGCCGCUCUCCAUCCCUGUGCGGGGACCGCAUUGCCGCCACCUCCAAUGCGUCGAUCUCGACUCCUUCCUCGUCAGCAGCCACAAGGGCGCGUACUGGAACUGCGCGCUAUGCGAUGCCGAGAUGCGGCCCAAGGGCGUGCAGAUUGACACGGUGCUCUGGAGCUACUUGAGCUCCUUCGGCAGCUCGGACUCCUACCCGGCCUACCUGCGGCUUUCUGCGCGCGUUUCUCCGGGGACUGCGACAGAGAGCAAGUACUAUUGGCACCCGUCCAACCGCACCGGCGAGGAUGCGGAUGUGGUGACGACGGACAACGACAACGAUGACGCCGAGCAACGCGAGGCAGAGGAGCAACGAAACAGCAGCGGCGGCGACGGCAACGGUGAUGGACGUGUCGCCCACGAAGACGGCCGGCCACGCCCCCGAACCGCACCAACGCCCCCUCACGUGUUGCACCCCCGGUCGAUGUCGUCGCCGCAGGACUCCCCGGCGACCGGGACCCCCAUCUCAAGCAACAGCAGCGCGUCAUGGACCGGUGAGGGAGCCGGGACGACAGGGAACGGUCGGAAAAGGAGCAGAGAGACGAGCACGGGUGAGCAACAAGGAACCGCUGAUGAUCCUAUCGAGCUCUGA